AUGCGCCAAUCCAAAAUCCAUUGCGUCAUCCCACACUUUUCCCUGCCAGCUUCAGCAAGAAAACGGGCUUUGCCAAUCGCGUCCUACACUCUACGAUCAAACAUUCAAAUCGAACAUCCUCAACCUCAAUACCGUCUUCUAAAUCGUCGUCUACAUCACCAAACGAGCCCAAGAACCUACACCCAAACUACAGAGCGUCAAACCCGCCUCUUCCCCGCAACCUCAACACCGCAACCACAAACCAGCUCUUCCCUCCCCAAGUCCCCCUUCUCAACAUCAGCACGAACCAUGUCCUCCGACGAUGCCUACAUGUCCUUCCUGGACAAAGCCAACGCAGAUGUGAGCGGCAGCGCCCCGCAGCAAGGGGCCGGCACCGUCAAAACCGAGACCGUGCACAGCUCCCUGUCAGUCCCAAAGCCGCUGCAGUCUGUCGACGCAUACUACAUCUCCGAUACAGACGAGCCCUUCGAGCCUGUGGCAUUGAAGUGGGAUGGAGCAGCCAAGGGAGCGUGGCCAAGUGCUGACCAGCUCUCCUCCCUGAUCUCCCCAGAUACCGACCUGUCCCAGUCCAUCUCCAUUCUAUCCCCCUCCUCCUUCGACCCGAAGAACCAAUACUCCGCCGCCCUGGAUGCGGUCCGCGCCGCGGCUGUUGAGAAGGAUUCUGGUGUCGAUCAGUCUGCUGUUGAGCUGAAGGUCUACCGCGUUGAACAAACUAGUACCAAGAUCGAGUACUGGGUUUUGGCACUAGAUGCGCCUGAAAACUGUCUCGUCGGACUGCGCGCCAAGGCUGUUGAGUCGUAG